GCUCAAUCCAUCCGCGCGCGCCAGAGUCUUUAUAUAUCUGUUCAGCACCACACUGACUGUGUGAAGAGAGUUAAAGCGCUCACACUCGGUGUUUGACGAUAGAAAGCCUUGGAUUUACAACCCAGCUAAUCUCUCUUCAUUUGCACAGCUACUUCUUUUUCAGUGAUCUUUAUGAAUGUGACAGGGAGUUACACGCGUUGUGCUAGAGCGGCUUCAACAGUUUUAUUCUUUAAAUAACAUUAACUGACCGCGAGAACAGAGUUAAAGUGCUCAAACUCGGUAUUUGUCCACAGAAAGCUUGGGACUUCCAGCCCAAUUGCAGCUAAUCUUUCUUAACUUUUUAAAAUAGCAUAUUCGAAUGUAUUUUCGAAAAUUACAUUCAUACUACGUUGAGUGUCUUUUUAAGUCAAACUAACAUUAACGUCUGAAGUUUAAACGGCCGUUAUGACAGCUCUCUUUGUGGCACUGUUGCUUAUAUUCGCGCCAGGAAGCGGGAAAGUGGCUCGCGCGAGUGGCGCCAAAGGAAACCGCUUCGUGUGCACGGCCGUGCCCGCGGGCACCGACAUCAACUGCCCGGUGGACACGAACAACCGGGUCCAGAGCACCAGCCCGCAGGAGGAAGAAUUGCGGAAUACUGUAAUUCAACUGCGAGAGACCAUCCUCCAACAGAAGGAAACUAUAGUCAGUCAACAGGGCACUAUUAAAGAGCUCAACUCCAAACUCGCGCGCUGCGAGGCUGACGCCAAGUCGCGAGGCAACGCGCGCAGGAAGGAUUAUAGUAAAAACACGAUGGGUGACCUGCCGCGCGACCCCGCCGAGACUGUCCAGCAGUUGGGCAAGACCAUGCAGAGUCUGAAAGACCGCCUGGAGAACCUGGAGCAGCAGUUGCGUGCCAACACAUCCAGUGGACCUUUUCCGAAUGAGCUGAAAGACCUGCUGAAGCACCGUCUGAGUGACCUGGAGGGCCAGCUGCUGACCAGAGUGGCUGAACUUGAGGAGGAAAAGAGCCAGCUGUACAACGAGACAGCUGCUCACCGCCAACGCACCGAGAACACCCUCAAAUCGUUGCUGGACAGGAUCACCGAGCUGGAGAAAAGUAAUAGUGCAUUUAAAUCACCAGAGGACUUUAAGGUGUCUCUGCCUCUGCGUACCAACUACCUGUAUGGCCGCAUAAAGAAGAGUUUGCCAGAGAUGUACGCCUUCACUGUGUGUAUGUGGCUUAAGUCAAGUGCCAGCCCUGGAAUUGGAACCCCAUUCUCUUAUGGUGUCCCAGGACAGGCCAAUGAGAUUGUGCUGAUAGAAUGGGGAAACAACCCCAUAGAGCUUCUUGUCAAUGAUAAGACACAAAUUUUACACCCAAUGGUGUCCCAGGUAGCUCAGCUUCCUCUGUCUGUGAGUGACGGGCGCUGGCAUCACAUCUGCAUCACCUGGACAACCAGAGAUGGCUUCUGGGAGGCCUAUCAGGAUGGAGAGCGACUGGGGACCGGAGAGAACUUGGCCCCCUGGCACCCAAUUAAACCUGGAGGAGUCAUUAUCCUGGGCCAAGAACAGGACAUCGUAGGAGGGAGAUUUGAUGCCACUCAGGCUUUUGUUGGAGAGUUAAGCCACUUCAACAUGUGGGACAGAGUCCUGCGUCCCAUAGACAUCUCUGCCAUGGCCAACUGCUCCGCCUACAUGCCUGGCAACGUGGUGCCGUGGGUUGAUGCCAAUGUGGAGGUAUUUGGCGGUGCAACCAAAGCAGCUCUGGAGAUUUGCGAAGACCGUCUCUUCGAUUCAUAAGGACACAUCUGUACAUUUGGGAGCAUUCUCGUUUUAUAGGUAACCAAUGUCCCAAUCUCACUUUGGGAACUUUUAAGAGAGACAAAGGCAGUUAAUAGAAACACUGCGUUUUCACAUAAUGGAUUAUUUCACCCUCUAUUCUGCUUUAUGUUUGUUGAUAUUUCGCUGUCAGGCUGGCACAUAAAUAAAAUGAUUGUAAUUUAUAUAAAAACAAGUCUGCACAUUCAAGGUCAGAACAGAGUAUUUACAACUCUGGCUGAAGUUAAAACUUGUUGAUACUAGACUUGCUUUAACUCUCUGUUGUGUCCUUCAGAAAAAUUUUGUCUCUACAAACACAUGGGUAUUUAAAGAACUACAGUAAAAGGAGGAUUUUUCUGACAUUUUCACUGUAGUCUAACAUUGAUCGAUUUUGUCAUGUUGUGUAUAGGGUGAUGCCCUUCAAACCACUGAAAACAAAACAAAAAAAUUAAACUGCAUACUUUCAGCAUACAUUCUGAGCUUUAUAAAACAUUAACGAUCUAGUCUGUGUGGAUAUUCACAUGUUGGACAUACGCUGGCAUCCGGGCUGAUGGCAUUCAUGCAGUGUGUGUGUGUGUGUGUGUGUGUGUGUGUGUGAAUGAUCGAGAGAUUAGUGGAGGCAUUCACAUUUUUAAAAUCUACUUUAAUACUUCUAUCCCUGAGCAGCUGCCAUCUCAAGCAGAUUUGUCAUCCAGAAAGGCUAAAAGCAAAACAGUAAAGCUGCCAAGAACUGACCUACAGCUCCCCGAAGCCCCAAAGGAACUGGGCAGACUGGAUUACUGGAAUGUCUGGCUGAAGGGGUUCACCUCAUGAAGCUAGUUUGAACUUGUUUGAUUUUAUUCAGUUUAUUAAUUCAAAAUAUAACAUGUUGAAUCCUUGAAUCAUGUUAAUGAAGGAUUUUGGCAAACACAGGAACAUGCCGUUAGGAGAUUAACUGUGAGAACCCGACGUAGAAUGUGUGUUGUGCUUUUUUAAUAAUGUUUUAUUUAUAUAAAUAUAUAACUGUGUAUUUGUGUCAGGGUUUAAAAAAAAAAACUUUUAUACCCUUGCACAAAGCACUGGGAAAAUGAAUGUGACUAUUUUCUGUGGAGAUGAAAAAGAUAUAUUGACAGGCACUAAUGAGGUGACAGCAUUUGCUCUCGUUUAGAGCAUGACAAGGAAAGUUUGAUGCACCUGAAAGUCUGAUGCUAUGUGUGGAUGAAUUUCAAGAAACCUGCCAAAAACAUGUCCGGGUUAUAUUUCACAGCAAAAUCAAAAGAAAGAAAUAAUAAAGUAUAUUUUGCAUAAAGAAAAUUAGGCCUAUUUGUAAGAACCUUUAUGAUUUUUGGCAUUGCGACCAGUGUUACUCAAAAAAGUAAUCCCCUACAAAUGACUAAAUAUUUCUCAAAAUUUAUAUCGGAUUACAUUACUGAUAACUUCAUUUAGAAGUAAUCACAUUACUAAUUACUUUACUUUUAAGUUGCUUUCUAAACACUUUCCGCUCAUCGAAUUUAAAAUGAUGUCGGUAACACUUUACAAUAAGCUUCCAUUAGUUAACAGCUUACUUAUGAUAACAAUGAACAAUACUUAAGCAUUUAUUAAUCUUAGUUAAUGUUAAUUUCAACAUAUAGUAAUGCAUUUUUAAAAUCAAAAGUUGUGUUUGUUAACAUUAGUUAAUGCACUAUGAACUAACAUGAAAUAACAAUUGUAUUUUUAUUAAAGCUGCACUACAUAACUUUGUGCUUUCUAGCGACAUCUGUGGUUGAAUCUUAAAAUGGCAAGCAAUUUGCGGAAGAACACUAAACGUGAGUUGUGUUUCGGCACUGCUCUUCUGUCAGAUGUAUCUCAUGAUUUGAGCUUACCUGAACAUUGCCUGUGUGUGAUCAUGACUGGAGAUAUUCAGAGCUGGAGUCAUAACGUGCUAUUUUCAUGUUGAAAUAAUGUUGUACGUUUAAACAUUUAAAACUGAAAUAUUACUUGCUUUGAUGAAGAUAAACAACACUCGUAUUCACAUAUUUUGGAUGAAUGAAAUUUUACACUUAUAGCGCUUUUCUGACACUACAAUGAAAGCGCUUUUACAAAGAACAGGGGACUCAGUCACCUCAAUAACUACCAGUAUAUUUUAAUAUGAUUGUACAGCCUCAGUUGAUAAUACAAGUGAACUGGAAUACUAAAAUAGUAUGUCUAUGCAAUGCUUACAAUAACACAGUAAACUAAAAACAUGAAACAAUGAUUCAAUAAUGAUGGGGAUAAAAUAAUAUGCUUAAAAAUGCAAUAUAACAGUUACAAGAAGUCAAUUUCAGAAGUUAUAAAUAUUAGUAAACAUGUCACAGUAACUUCCCCCGACAAUGUAGAUACAUCGCGAUCGGUUAACACACGAGUAAUGUUCGAUUCAUACUAGGGUGCAACUAACGAUUAUUUUGAUAAUCAAUUAAUCUAACGAAUAUUAGAACAAUUAUUCGACUAUUCUGCGAUUAUUGCAAUGAUUAAUCAUUAUUUCUUAACUAGUUCCCGACCGAUUUAUCGGUCGGCCGAUAUUAGCUUUUCACCGAUAUAUCGGCAUCGGAGUAUAUGUUUACCAAUAUGCGCAGAUAUGAAAACUUUUUUUCAGAACAUAUAAUACAGAAAACAAUGCUUGAAUUGGUGUCAUAACAGUUUGUCCAGCAAAGCACGCUCCGACUCCACUGUUUAAAGAGCUGACUCUGAGCUGACGGUGGCUCUGCAGACAGGGCAGAGUUAAGCAGUGUCUUCUCAGUAAGUUGCUAACUAGUUUGUGAAAUACAUACUGGAAAGUUAAUAAACAAUUAUCCCAUCAUUUUCCCUUUUCAAUAUAACUAAUAUAACGUUAACCCUGUCCAUGACAACCAUGUCACUCAUAUUUAUCACAUCUGUUUGCUGUGUUAGCCAGCUAUAGUUUGUCAGAGCAUCUUUUUGCAGCUCAGCAGACAACGGUGCGGUGGUGAAUUGUGUCUGUUGAGUGUUGAUUUCACGCUACGUUGUUACCUAGUACGAGACGCAAUGCUGGAAAGUAAAUAAAGUCCAACUUUUACACUCCGUGACAACGAGCUUAUAGCUAACUAGCUAACCACGUAGCCACUUUCAUUGCUUGUCAGCUGAGUGGAAGCUAAUGUGUAAACAUGUAUUCACCAAACUGUUUUAUUCAGGAUUUGCAGUUUGGUACCCCCUUCAACCGAACAAUUCUAGUCAUUGCAUUUAUAAAAUGUAAUAUUUAAAAUUCUGGUUUUCCACCGUUGAAAGUUUCGCCUGAACUUGUAUUGCAGAAUACGGUGUAACAACGCUGCCGCAGUUUAUCUCUUGACUCGGCAGGUGUAAAUGCUUCUUGUUUUACAACCUGACACUAAUUGACUGGCAGUAUUAAAAUAGUCAGCAUUUGACUGAUACUAAACAGUACUACUGAUGUUUAUUUAGCUAUUUAUUUUAUUUAUGUUUAUUUAUUCUUUAUUUUAAUGGUCAGCAUUUGACUGAUACUAAACAGUACUACUGAUUUUUAUUUAGCUAUUUAUUUUAUUUUUAUUUAUUCUUUAUUUUAAUGGUCAGCAUUUGACUGAUACUAAACAGUUCUGAUGUUUAUUUAGCUAUUUAUUUUAUUUUUAUUUAUUCUUUAUUUAAAUGGUCAGCAACUGACUGAUACUAAACAGUACUGAUGUUUAUUAAGCUAUUUAUUGUAUUUUUAUUUAUUCUUUAUUUUCUCAGUGUUCAUUUCUAGAAUUUGUUGACUAUGUAUAAUAAUAAUGUCAAAUAUUCUUUGAUAAAAAUAUUUGUUUAAGAAAGCAGCCUUCUGAGUACCUUUGUAUAGUCAUAUCGGUGCAAAAUCUGUGAACAAUCCACAUAGAAAAGGUCUGUUUUCAUUCCAGCUCAAAAAUUAACUAUAUCGGCCACCAUAUUGGUAAUCGGUGAAUUGUCCCCCUCUAAAAUCGGUAUCGGUCUCAAAAAUACCAUAUCGGUCGGGCUCUACUCUUAUCCAAUUAUUCAGCUUAUGCCCUGACUUAAAUGGUUGUAUUAAAUGUGCUUACUAACAAUAAAGAGGACAAAAUCAUCUUUGAAAAAUACCUUUAAAUGACAUUCACUGAAUUAAAGGGAAAAAAUACUUUUUAUUAAGUUUAAUUCAGUGAAAAAAUUCACUGCAAAAAAUCCUUCUGCAGUAUAGCUGCUAAAGAUAAUGUACGUUGUUUUAAAGGAGUUUUAGAUAUUUUUAUUGGAAAACAAGCCAAAACAAAAACAAAUCAAAAACGUAUUUUGUUGCAGUGUAUAAUAGGGCGAAGACUACCCUCUCUCACCUUUCUGUUCAAAAAAACAAACUCUCUCUUAUUAAUUAAGUUGCAUAUUGCCAAUUUUCUUCACGAUAAGAAAUGCACAGUGACAUAUAUUAUGAUAUAAUAAGUCGCAAGCCAUCACAUUAUAAUCUAGCUGCAUUAAGUGUGUGCACUCGAGGGAUGAGUGUCCCCGCGACAGUGUGCCUCAGCCAUGUGCAGUUUCAAUCUCUCCCCCUUUGAUCGGGACAUUCACACAACUCUUAGAAGAGGUGCUGACUGCACAGAGAAAUGCCAGUUUCAGAGUUUGUAGUUAUUUACAUGAUCUGCUUCCGUAUUAUUUUAACUUUAAUAAAGCUAUAACGCAUUAAAUAUAACUGCAUUUAAGAUGUAAUGCCUUUAAAGAUGCUUUUAAAGUUUUGCUUCAGUGGAGUGGCAGCUCUGACUCCGCUUAUUCCACAACGAGCGUGCUCCUGUAUUUAUGUACUUAUUUGGUAUUUUUGUAUAAUUCCCUCAUACUUUGCAAUCUACAUCACCUGAAGCUGUGUUUAGAGUGCAUCUGGACUGUGAGCUGUGUAAUUCUUCCUCUCCUCAGUCAGGAGCGAACUGCAGUGCUGCUCUCACAUGGCAUCAUUAUAGUUGAAUGUGAUCACGUUAUGUUAAAUGACAUCAAGUGACUAUUCGACAACGAUUUUUUUUUUUGUUGUCGACGUUGUCGAUAACAUCGACUAAUCGUUUCAGCCCUAAUUUAUACAAGCAUGACAAGCAAUAUUAGCUUCAACAACCCUACCAGACAACAUAUCCAAGCAUUAAAGCAGGUAAACAACUUCGCCAAACAGAUAAAUAUCUACCCAGAUUGUUGCAAUUCUGUCCUGAACAGUGCGAGUGUGACUGAACUGAACUGUAGCUUCUGUCUUAUUUUUAACAGCUACGCACAAACUAAAACAGUGCUUUACCGCCAUCUACUGUUUACAUGGGAACGAGACAUCCGGUUCUUAUUUCAGAUGUUCAUGGGCAUGAUGUUAUGAUGCAAGGAUGUACGUCAUAAGCCAAAUCAGACACGACAGCUCAAAAUACAAAUAAUUUUUAUAGGCAUAACGAGGUGAAUCGAGCUAAGAACAUUUAUUUGAACACUGUUUGUUUAUGUACUCGGUCAAUAAUGGCAAUUUGUUCAUUUUUAACCAAAAAAUCUUACAUAAUGCAGCUUUAACUAACGUUAACAAAGAUUAAUAAAUUAUGUAAAAUAUAUAUUGUUAAUUGUUUGUUCAUGAUACCUAAUGCAUUUACUAAUGUUAACGAAUAGAACUUUAAUGUAAAGUGUUACCAUUAUGUCUCCCUUGUUCACUGUUGCACACAAGUCAUACACUUUCACCCUUACAGUGACUCUUUUCGGGGCCCUUCUGUUGUGACAGAAACACAAACAGACAGACAUCUGAACAUAUUCAUGUUUAAAAUGUAUUCCACAUAAAUAAUAUUAAUAUGUGUAACCUUUGUAAUGUACUUAAAAGUAAUUCAAUUAAUUAAAAGUCAAUAACUGAAAUCUGAUUUUGUGAAUUUAAAAUGUAAUGCAUA